GCAACGAUAGGCUGCAAAUAACUGCUCUUCCGCGUGCAGCUGUCAAUAUCACGCGGGCGCGGUGGCCAUUUUCUUUGGCGAGGCGCUGCCAGUCCACGGAGGGAAUGUUUCUCCAGUGCCCGUGUAGGACGACAUAAAUACCAACCCUCGGCUAACAUGUCGCCGUGAGCAGCACCACCACUCCCAAACAUCAUCCCAGCCACUGUCGAGUCCGAGAUGUCUUGGCCAACGAUCUCUCUGCGCUUGCGCCCCCGCGACUUCGAGCCAACCACUGCGGACAAGGCCAUGAAGGCUUCCCAGCAGAAGAAGGCGAUCAAAGAGCUGUGGCUCCUCAUUACUGCCAUCAUCGCUGUCCUUUUCCUUACUCGCGUCUUGCGGUUCGCCUUCGUGCGCCUCUUCCGGCGUCGCUCUCAGCAGCCGGCCUCCAGCCAAUCGGAGAAGGCUUCGCCUGAAGCUAUUCUGCCUGGUCGCGCUGGGCGGGCGUCGUGGAGGCGUCUCCCUGCGGCAGUCGUCUCGGGCUUCCGUGUGGUCGCCUUCCGCAUUCAGGUCCCUCUUGGUGUUGGCGUAGCAUCGUUUGCGGAGCUGUUCUUUAUCUUCGGAUACAUCGCUACCAUGUUGGCCCUCACCCUGACGAACACUCUCGACUUGCAGUUCUGGUUCUUCGAAGACAGGGCUGCCCAUCUGGCCUCUUGCCAGCUUCCGUUCAUCGUCGCGUUGGCGGGAAAGAACAAUAUCAUCUCCCUUUUCACGGGCAUUGGUCACGAAAAGCUGAACAUACUCCACCGGGCUACUGCGAGGACCUGUCUCAUCCUCCUGUGGAUCCACGCUCUGGCCCGCUCGAUCUCCGGUCUCCCUGAAAAGUUCGACUUGACGCAUGGUUGGAUGCGCUGGGGCGUUAUCGGCCUCGCCGCUUUCACCUUGGCCACAAUUUUCUCGGUCCGCUUCAUCCGGAACGCCUUCUUCGAGUUCUUCCUUGUUUCACACAUCGUUCUCGUCGGUAUCUUCAUCAUCGGCGGAUAUCUCCACGCCCGAGAAGUCAACUUCGGCGACUACUUCUGGCCCGCGCUCGUCGUCUGGGCGUUCGACCGUGUCCUCCGCACCACGCGGCUGCUCUGGAACAACAGAGGCAAGGGCGGCACCGACCACGAGUUCGGGACUGCGACCGUCGAGCUCGUCUCCUCCGACACGAUCCGCCUCACGCUGAAGCGCAAGUUCCACUGGCGCGCGGGCCAGCACGCGUACCUCGUGCUGCCGACCGUGAGCGAGCUUCCGACGGAGGCGCACCCGUUCACGAUCGCGAGCAUCUCGCAGCCGCUCGACGGGACAGAGGGCACGAGCGAGAAGGACGUCGUGUUCAUCGUGCGGGGCAGGAACGGCUUCACGGGCCGUCUGCGCGAGCACGCCCAGCGCAGCGGCGAAUCGCGCGUCGCGGCCUUUGUGGACGGACCGUACGGGUGCCCGCCUGAUCUGUCGAAGUACAGCACCUGCAUCCUAGUGGCCGGUGGUUCUGGUGUAUCGUACACGCUGCCCCUUCUCGUGGACCUUGUGCAUCGUGCCCGGGCAGGAACGUCGGACGUGCGUCGGGUCAUCUUUGUAUGGGCAGUCCGUGAUGCAGAGCAUCUCCAAUGGAUCUCCAAGGUCCUGAACGAGGCCCUCGCCGCUGCCCAGUCUACCUCGCUCGCUAUCGAGCCGCACGUCUACAUCACGGGCCCGACGUGCACGAUCCCCGAGGUUCAACGCACCGCGUAUGCGCCGUCUGACGGGACGUCGACCCCGCCGAGCCCCGCAGACACUGGGAAGUUCGAGAAGGAGCUGCCGGUGUACUCGUCGCUGAAGAUCACGCACGGGCGCCCCAGCAUCCGGCGUGUCCUCCAGGAGGGCAUCGACUCCUCCACGGGCCCGGUCUCUGUCGAUGUCGCUGGCCCUUCGUCGCUCUCUGCGUCGGUCUCUCGCACGCUUUCCUCCAAGCUCACCAGCCCGACGAGCGUCCUCAAGGGCGCGCCCUCGGUGACGCUGCAUGUCGAGACGUUCGGCAUGUCCACCUGACGAUUCAUGAUAUGAUGACCGCCCUUGGGGCGUACAUAUGACCACUAGAUUCUAAUUCGUGUACCGGUAGUCUCUGCCUCUCUGUAUCCAC